UCAACAAAACAUUUCAUCGUCUAGCAACAAAGUUGAGUUUGAGUUUUUAGACCCAAAGAAAAGAAGAAAAGAAAUUGUCUUCCCUUUCCUAUGGAAUAUCUAAGGAAAGAACCUAGUCCUUCUGAGAGUUCUUCAUGUAUCCUUUCAACACCAGAUGAUCAAGAACAAGAGGCUAAACCCAGUCUCCAACUAGAUCUAAAUCUAGCUACAAGUGAUUGUGAUCGUGUGUUCAAUCAAGAAGAGCUUAAUCUUAUCGAUUCCUUGAAGAACAGUACUGGUUCAUCCGACAGUACUACCACACAACCAACCGACGGGGAGCAAAGAGUUUUCUCCUGCAACUAUUGUCAAAGAAAAUUCUACAGUUCACAAGCUCUUGGUGGGCACCAAAAUGCACACAAACGAGAGAGGACUUUAGCUAAAAGAGGUCAAAGGAUGGGAGCUCAUAUAGCAGCUUUUGGGCAUCCUUAUUUUCAUCACCAUCAUCAUCAUAAUCACUAUUCUAGCUUGGCUUCUCUUCCCUUAAACGGUGCAUAUAAUAGAUCUCUGGGAAUACAGGUACAUUCCAUGAUCCAUAAACCUUCUCAUGUUUCUUCAUCGACUGGUUUUUAUGGACGUCAUAGUUGGUCAAGACCUCCUAUUGAACAACAACCGGCAAUCGGAAAGUUAUCAAUGGAGAAUCCCCAUACAACAAAUAUUGUAAGUCCGGCCGGUAAGUUCAACGUAAUGAGGACGAUGAUGGGUGGUUCUCAAGCUGAUGAAGUGAUUGGUAAUUGUUGGCGGUCAAGUGGUACCAGUCUGAAUGUUAACCAGGAAGAUCAGAUACAUAAGGUUGACCUAUCUCUCAAGCUCUAAUUCAGUUUUAUUUUCAAUUAAGAACAUAUAAUAUAUAUUUUCUGAUCAAGAUUUUGUUUACUCUUUAAUUUGAUUGCAAGUAAUUGUUAUGUAUAUUUUGAUGAUGAUAGAAAAGCUUUUGAGUUUACACA